UAUAUAUAUCUCUAAAAGUAUAAUAAAGUUUUCAAAUUGUAAGACAAAUAAAAAUUAUGUCAAAAACUUACACAAAAAGUGGUUUCGCGUGGUUUGUGUUGACUUUAAUCCGUAUACUUCAGUUAAUAGCUUAUGCCUUGCUAUUGAUAAUCAGUGGUUACUAUUUUGUGAUAACCAUCGAUGCCAUUGGCGAUGACAUCGAUGUUCACCGGGAGACACACCUGACCCACGAUAGGUACGGCCAUCAUAUGUUCGGUAUAACUAAUUCAGACAAUAAGGAAGACCACAUCACAUCACUGAUCAUUUGGGUGGUCAUAACGAUGAUGGCCGCAAUUUUCUCGACCGCCGGUAUUAUUGGUACCAUUUGGAUCAAUCCAUGUUUGGUAUUAUUCAGUGCAAUAAUGAUCUUAUUGUUUGCCGUAUCCGGUAUUGUAUUGCCGGACAUUGGCCUCACUCUACCGGAAAUCACUUCAAACUAUUCUCUGCUUGUGUUAGAAGUCAUUGCCGUUGUAUUGUCCGUAAUGUUUGUCAUUAUAUUGAAUCGAUGGGGUCUUCAAAAAAGGACUGUUCCUCACAAAGAAGUCACUUUCGCUUAA